UCUUCUCAUUGGCCAUGGGGACUGACCUCCUAUCACGCCUUCAAUCUGAUUUCUAGGCGCUGGGAGGUGUCUGUGAGCUGAGAGCUAUAUUCUAGCCCCCGUAACAGACUCAGCUAUUAGCAGAGAGACUUCCAAACCCUCUGCAGCCGUGUUAGCUCUGACUGAGGCUGCCUACUUUUCGUUCAGCAAACAUUUAUUAGCUUCCUGCUGUGCGCUUAGCUGGCGUCAACGUAGGGAGAAAGCACUGAGCUCCCUUUGAGGUUUUCAGUUCCAACUCCAGUCGCUUGCCAUCCAGGGCUAGAAGUUGUCUGCGCAACACUCGGUAUUUUUCUCUACCCGACUGCGCGGCUUUUCUGAGCGUUACGGCGCCCUCCUCCUGCCCCCAGCGCGGCGCAGGCGGGGACCCACCGGUUUCGCUCUGUUCGCAGCAGAGAAGGGAGGACCCUAGGGACCUGGACCUCUGCGUCUGGUCGCCCAGCCUUGUUGUGGCUUGGGCCCACAUGGAGGGGAUCGCGGAGUCCCAGACGCCUGACUUGCGAGACGUGGAGGGCAAGGUGGGCAGGAAGACCCCCGAAGGGCUGCUCCGCGGGCUUCGAGGCGAGUGGGAGAUGGGGACCUCUGGGGACCUGCUGCUCCCGGGGGCGCCCAGCACCGGCCACGGCCUGGGGGACAAGAUUAUGGCGCUGAGGAUGGAGCUGGCUUACCUUCGAGCUAUUGAUGUGAAGAUCCUGCAGCAGCUGGUGACCUUGAACGAGGGUAUUGAGGCAGUUCGUUGGCUGCUGGAGGAGCGGGGAACACUGACCAGCCAUUGUAGCAGUCUCACCAGCAGUCAGUAUAGCCUGACAGGUGGAAGCCCCGGCCGCUCAAGGUGGGGAAGUUGGGACAGCCUGCCAGAUACCAGCUCAACUGACCGGCUAGACAGUGUCUCUAUCGGCAGCUUCUUGGACACUGUGGCUCCCAGAGAGCUGGAUGAACAAAGACCCCCUGGGCCUUCCUGUCCUGAAAUUGACUGGGCCAAGGUUAUACCCAAUGAAGACAGGGCCAGGACUGAGGUGGACAUGACAUCCACCACGCUAGGGAGCUUCACAGCUACAUGGAAGCUCCCAGGAGAUGGGCUUCAAGGUGGACCACCUGAGCUAUCAGAGGAUGACGAUGCCAAGCAGGGCUUUGAGGCUCAUUGGUACUGGGGACAGUGCCAGGAUGACGUGACCUUCUUGUAAAAGCUUUUUACCUUUUUGUGCUUUGUGGCUCAUUCAAUUUUUGGCCCAAGCCUCCCUCAGUUUCCCCUCAACCUCCGACUAGACAGAAGCUAGACUGAAAUCACUUACCACAGAAAUCUGGCUUCUCUCUCUGGUCCCUGGGGAGCCUCUGCAUUUAUCCCUCAAUUAUUGGGUCCCUAGAGCUAUUUCCAUAGAGAUAUUGACUCUAGAGACCUAGUCUGUGGCUCCUGAUGUAAGGGUAUCUCCAUGCCCCUCCCUGGUAAGAUGAAGUUUUAUGAAAUCUAGGGCCUCUAGGACAUCACUGAAGAAGACAUGGGGGAAUAAUCACCUCAUCCAAAGCCUGGGAGCCUGGGAUGCCUCUUACAAAAAAAUGGAGACUUGAGUUGGGGCAUUCGGGGCCAAACUUCCAUGGAUUGGCCCUUCUAGAUGCCUUUGGAGUUGGGAAACCAACCCUUUCCUGCCUGCUGAGUGAUGUGAUUUCCUUUUAUGAUAUACCAAGAGUGCUUCCUCUGUACAGUCCCGGUUGGUGUGUGAUAGGUCUGUGUAGAGGGUAUUCCUCUGUACAGUCCCGGUUGGUGUGUGAUAGGUCUGUAUAGAGGGUAUUCGGGUCCCUGUUGUCUGCCAUUGCCUCUUACGAGAGGGAACACAUCGCUCUUCCUACAGAUGUCUGUCAUGCUUUUCUCCAGUUCUUACUUUUCAAACAUGAUGUUUUCAUUUUUUUCUCAAGGAUCUCACUUCUGUGGCUACAUCCCUGUUUGGUGCUGUAAUGAUACUCUUAUCGAGUGAGAAACUCAGAGGCCUUCACCUCGGCUCUCAAAUCUGCUUGGCUCACUUUACUGCAGACCCCUAUCUGGCCCUGGUCCUGGCCUGUCCCAUCCCUGUUUCCUGCUUCCAAAUCUGUCUGCCAGGAGUUCAGCUUGAGUGUCUUCUCAGUUCCCUCUUUAGGCCUUUGCAUUUUUAUGUGCCUCUCAUCCCACUGUUGUUUGGAAAUUAGGAGAGUGAGUUCUCAGAGUUCUGGGGACACUCUCAGAUGGUGGAAUGAUCUUGACCUCUCUGACUCUGUGCUCACCCUUCCCUCAUCCUGGCCAGCCUUCCACCAUUUGGUCAUAAGAAUACCUUUCUGAAGUUGAGACACAAGGAAGUCCCUUGUCUGAGCUAGAUGUGGGAGUGUGGCAGGAAAAGACAAGUCCUGUGGUCCCUGGGUCUCCUCAGGGGAAAGAGAUGCAAAGUCCUUCAGGGCAAGCCCGUGACUCCUGACUUAAGGGAUAAUUGGGAGUGGCUGUAGGGUUGGAUCCCAAGGCCCUAGCUAAUUACACCAGAGAAGAAAUUCAGGGAAGUUGCCCUUCUGGGGCUCAGGGAAGAGGCAGGCCCAGAGAGGGGGACCACAAAGGCUGUGGUUAAUACCUAAACAAAUAAGCCCUGCACUCAGGAGGCAGAGGCAGGUGGAUCUCUUGAGUUCCAGGCCAGACAAGGCUAUAUACAUAGUGAGACCCAGUCUCAAAAAACAAUCAAAGAGCCAGCUGGUGGUGGCUUACGCCUUUAAUCCCAGCACUUGGGAGGCAGACGCAGUUGUAUCUCUGUGAGUUUGAGGCUAGUCUGGUCUACAGAGCAAGUUCUAGGACAGCCAGGGCUACACAGAGAAACCCUGUCUCCAAAAACCAAAACCCAAACUAACAAAACAAAAACAAAGAAACCCGAGUGACUUCUUGGAGAUUAACCCUUUGAGUCCCAGGUAACUGCCCUGUCUUUCCAGGGCCCUGAAAUUGGAUUACUGGAGGGGAAAGGGCGAUCUUUGUUCAGGGGACCCUCCUGAGUUGGAGGAGUAUUCCCCAAAACAGCUAUUUUCUGCUUUUCAGAAUUCCAUGUUGGGGAAGGGAAGGUAGCCAAGUUUUUGUGUCUACUAUCCUGUCUUCCCAGCCCCAAUGCCUCAGUAGUUUUGCAACCACCAAAUCCUACAGCAGUUCAGCCUCUGGCUCUUCUAUUGACCCCCUCCUCCCCUGUUCUCAAAGUGGUCGCUAUUUCUACAGUCACCUCAGUUUCCUCUCCGCUAUUGCCAGACUUCCUUACCAUGCCCCAUAGCUCUGGACUCAGCAGACCCUCUCCUUACCAUGCCCCAUAGCUCUGGA